UCACAGGGCACAGGGCUGGAAUACGCCCUGGAUGGGAUGCCAGUCCAUCACGGGGCACAGGGCUGGGAUUCGCCCUGGAUGGGAUGCCAGUCGAUCACGGGGCACAGGGCUGGGAUGUGCCCUGGAUGGGAUGGCAGUCCAUCACGGGGCACAGGGCUGGGAUGCGCCCUGGAUGGGAUGCCAGUCCAUCACGGGGCACAGGGCUGGGAUGCGCCCUGGAUGGGAUGCCAGUCCAUCACGGGACACAGGGCUGGGAUGCGCCCUGGAUGGGAUGCCAGUCCAUCACGGGGCACAGGGCUGGGAUGCGCCCUGGAUGGGAUGCCAGUCCAUCACGGGACACAGGGCUGGGAUACGCCCUGGAUAGGAUUCGAGUCCAUCACAGGGCACAUACAUGUACGAACACAGUCUCUCCGUGGGACUUUCAGUUCACCCUAGUGCAUAAAUGACUGUUUUUAGUAUUCUGCCUGUAGGUGGCAUAAUGAUUAAAGAUAUGAAUGUUACAUUUAUACAGCGCUUUUCAAGACACCCAAAGCACUUUACAGGACUAAUGGGGAGCCAUUUCAACCCCCACCACCGUGUAGCCCCCACCUGGAUGAUGCGCCGGCAGCCAUUCAGUCUGGGCCAGUACGCUCUCCACACAGUAGCUAUGGUGGUGGUGAAUUCCAGUUGGAAUUCCUCAAAUAGAUACAGGGAUGAUUAGGAGGCCAUGGCAGUGGGCAUAAGGGCAUCACUGGAUCCCUUAGAGGCAGGACCUUGGUUUGAUGUCCCAUCCAAAGGACGGUACCAUUGUUACAUCACAGUGUCCCUGUCACUGCACUGGGGCAUUGGGAUCCACACAGACCACAGGAUGGACUAACCGGUUGGCCACAGUGUCCCUGUCACUGCACUGGGGCACUGGGAUCUACACAGACAACAGGAUGGACUAACCUGUUGGCCACAGUGUCCCUGUCACUGCACUGGGGCACUGGGAUCCACACAGACCACAGGAUGGACUAACCUGUUGGCCACAGUGUCCCUGUCACUGCACUGGGGCAUUGGGAUCCACACAGACCACAGUAUGGACUAACCUGUUGGCCACAGUGUCCUUGUCACUGCACUGGGGCACUGGGAUCUACACAGACCACAGGAUGGACUAACCGGUUGGCCACAGUGUCCCUGUCACUGCACUGGGGCACUGGGAUCCACACAGACCACAGGAUGGACUAACCGGUUGGCCACAGUGUCCCUGUCACUGCACUGGGGCACUGGGAUCCACACAGACCACAGGAUGGACUAACCGGUUGGCCACAGUGUCUCUGUCACUGCACUGGGGCACUGGGAUCCACACAGACCACAGGAUGGACUAACCGGUUGGCCACAGUGUCCCUGUCACUGCACUGGGGCACUGGGAUCCACACAGACCACAGGAUGGACUAACCGGUUGGCCACACCAACACCUCUUCCAGCAGUAACCCAGAUUUCCUAGUUGGUCUCCCAGCGAAGUACUGGCCUGGUCCAAACCUGCUUAGCUUAAGAUGGGCUGGACAACAGGUAGCAUGACUGCUGAUAACACAGUGCAGUGAGUGGACUAUGUCGGUGUAUGGGUGCAGGGUCGUCCGCCACCCACGCCAUGUGGGGCUGCAGCAGCUGGUGACGCUGGCAGCCUCUGCACGCUCCUUCCUAGGCCCUGAGAAAAGGUACAAGUUCGUGGUAGAUAAGGAUGACGGUGGGUCCACGCUGGCGUGCUCUCCCCUGCGGCUGCUGGAAAGCAUGGACACCGGCUGUGCAGUAGCGCAGCUGUUCCUGGAGACGGUGCAAGCCCAUCUGAAAAGCUUCCACACAGGGACAGCGACCCUGGCGUUUAUGGUGGGGGCAUGGAGCGCGGCAGCUCUGGAAUGCCUCCAUGAAGGUAUCCCUGUGCAUGAUGUUGUCUCGUCCAUGACGGAGGGCCUGGAAUUGUGCUCUGAGGCCUGUCAGAUGAGCUGUGUGCCCCUCAAGGAGGUCGUUCGCCCUGUUGGUUGUGGACCAAGAAGGCAGGAGAAUUCAACAGUUGCUUCUGACCAGUGUUCUGAAAGAGUAUCAAAUGGGUCACAGGACGUUUCUGUUGCUACUUGCUUUUCUCAUUUGUCAGCUGAAGGUGUAAGCCAGUCUAGGUGCCUGGCUGGGAGAUCUCGUCAAGAUAACAAGUUUCCCAUAAUGAUUAGACACAAUCUAAAACUGAGACACAGUAGACAUUUCAGUCAAAAAGAGGAGACCACUGGGGCAGAAGCGGGCUGCGAAAGGUCAAUUGAGUCAUCGUUCUUGCCUCGGCACAAUUUUGAAUACCGAGACAUUGCCUUCCUUGCAAAUACCGUCUGCCAUGGUAGUGAUAGCUUAAUGAAGUUAGUCACAGAGGCGAGCAGGAUUCAAACAGAGAACGCAAGAUGUGGAGAUUUUAGUAAAUGCGUGUUCGAUGUCAGUAAACUGGUCACAUGCUUGCUGCCUGGCUUCUCAGAGGAGUGCUCAUGUGUGGCAUCGGGAUUGGUCACCUUUAUGCCUGUGGAGCAGGCUUCCAUAAUCGAUCGCCUGAAGGAUCAGAAUCUCCAUGUCGCCCUCAUCAGCGGAGAUUUGAGUGAGAAGUACCGCCAUCUGGGCUACAACAAGCCCUCUGACAUCAGAAACAUCUGUGGAAGUUUGAACCCGAUGAAGCCAAGCAGGGGAGAUAAGUGGGUGGCUGAUGUUUCCGAAAUGCUGCUCCAGCUGAAGGUGAACGUGCUUCUGGUGAAUGGGGUCGUGUCUAAAGAUCUGGCCGAGGACUGCUUCCAGCACAGCGUCCUCAUCGUUGAGCGGGUGAGACCCGAAGUUUUGAAGGACUUCGCCAAAGCGACAGGAGCAAUACCAGUGACUUACGCAACGCAGUUGUGUGAGCUUUGUGUUGGUGGUGGCGUGCAGGUGACCUUCUGGGGCGGCCCAGAAGGUCAGAGAAGAUCAAAGAGACACAGGGCUGUGGGUGUGAGAAUCGGGGCAGUCGGAUCGGCGCUGGUCACAGUGGUCAUUGCGAGUGCCGUGCAGGCCAAGCUGCAAGCCUUGGAGGACUGCUUUUGGGGUUGCGCCUACCGGCUGCACCAUGCUCUCCUGGACAGGAAGCUCCUUUCGGGAGCUGGCGUAACUGAAAUGCUCUGCGUCAAACACCUCUUGGAAGCAGCAGAAGAUAAUGUCACGCAGGAGCGUAACAGCGGAAUGGGGUUCACAUGUGCUCCAAGGGGACACAGUCCCUACAGAUCAAGCGUGUUGCGACGCAUGUCUCGUGGCUGGGUGGAUUACGUUGCCAUGCUGAUGUUCAGCACAGGCGAGUGCCCUUCAGAGCUGGAAGCCUGUACCGUCCUUGGGCAGGAGCUGAGGCUCGAGGCUUCAAGGUCAACCCAGCUGAGUGGCUUCCAGGAGCAACCCUCAAGGCAGGGCGUAGGUGAUGGGCAAACCCCAGCCAUUUAUGACAACGUAACUGUAAAGCUGGAGGCCUGGAGGAGAGCACUGGGCUUGGUGCUAACAGUGCUUCAGACAGAUAUGGAGAUUAUCACUGGCAUCUCCACCACCGAUAUACAGGGGCUCGAGGAUUUUCUGCUGCUGUAAAGCUAAUAAAUAAAGCAUUUCAUGUAGUGAAUAUGUCAGAUAAAAAAAUAAAUAAAUCCCAACACCCAAAAAAUACAUUUUUCAUGGACAGGAUUUGACAUUUGACAUUAAAUGCCAGCUAAAAGUAUUCAUGAUUUGUAUUGGUUUUGAAUUGAAACGUAUUAAUUGUAGAAAGACAGACAGGUUGACAGUCACCAAAUUAAUGAAACCAGUUCCUGAUUAUUUUAUUAAAUUCCUUUGAAUUAGGAAAUGGAAUUAGGACUUCCUUGUCACGUUGGCUUUCCCUAUUUCCGUAAUUUCACUUUGGAAUCUUUUUGGCCAAUAGAGGGAGACAAAGUUGUGGUUUUGAGCGGAGCAGCUAACAUAAGCAGAACGCAAACACAUAAGUUGUAGACCAGUAACACCGAAUAAUGAUUACAACCUGGAGAUGCUGUUGAAUCACUCAGGGAAUAUUAAUAGUUUUGUUUCUGUAGUGUUGAAAGUCCUCAAAAUUCUGUGUUACGGAGUUCUUUUUGUUGUAUUUUGUGUUGAUAACGGCUAAAUUGAAUGCUUUUUCGUGAUACAUGGUAACUGUUUUUACUUAUGAAUUCAGUGGCAAAAUGAUCAUGAUGGUUAAUUACAAACUGGGGGGGUCAUUGAGUUUAACAACAUUUUAUCUAUAAGUCACUCACUAAUAUUAACAUACUUUAUUGUUUAUUAAAAGAACAUGUGGCUACAAUAAGUGUUAAUAUCUGAUAAAUAAAGAGGUAAAUGGGAGUAAGGUUCCCUUUUUGAUGAGGCGGUAUGUGUAUUAUAUGUUAUGUAUAUUAUAUGUUAUGUAUAUUAUGUGUUAUGUGUAUUAUGCGUUGUAACUAAUUAUGUGUUUGCAUAAUUAAAGCACUUUUAUUCAUG